GGAGAGGGGCCGCGGGGCCGGUCCGAGCCUCCGGGUCCCGUCCCCGGUCCCGCCGCCAUGACGCUCGCCGUGUUCUUCGGGUGCACCUUCAUCGCCUUCGGGCCCGCGCUCGGACUCUUCGUCUUCACCAUCGCCCGCGACCCCCUCCGCAUCAUCAUCCUCAUCGCUGGGGCUUUCUUCUGGCUGGUGUCGCUGCUGCUCUCCUCCCUCAUCUGGUUUAUCGCGGUUAAAGCCAGCGAUCCCCGGGAUGAGCCUUUGCAGAAGGGGCUCUUGAUAUUUGGGGUGAUGUUCUCUGUGUUGCUGCAGGAGGCCUUCCGCUUCCUCUACUACAAGCUCCUCAGGAAGGCCAUCGAGGGGCUGGUGGCCCUCAGCGAGGAUGGCUGCUCCCCCAUUUCCAUCCAGCAAAUGGCAUAUGUGGCUGGUGUGGGAUUCGGGCUUAUGAGUGGCGCCUUCUCCAUGAUCAAUCUCCUGGCAGACACGUUAGGGCCUGGCACUGUGGGAAUACAUGGGGACUCGCAGCUCUACUUCCUGACCUCAGCUUUUAUGACCAUGGUGCUGAUUUUCCUUCACACCUUCUGGGGAAUCCUCUUCUUCCAUGGCUGUGAGCAUCGGCGCUGGUGGGAGAUCACAGCAGUUGUUGUCAUGCACCUUGCUGUUUCGGGGUCGACGUUUUGCAACCCCCUGUAUGUGGGCAGCCUGGUGCCCUCCUACCUGCUGAUGGCCACUGCUGCUGCCUGGGCUUACCUGCUCUCAGGGGGAUCUGCCCAGAACCUGUGGCGCUUCCUGCUCUGUCUGCGGAGUGGACCCAGCCCCCAGCCGGGAUCCUGAGGUCCUGCGGGACGUUCCUGUCCCCAGCCACCCCUGCCCCUCCCUCCAUCCUGGUGGCAAGAGUGGCCAUCACCUUCUCUGCAAUAUCUUUUCUCCUGAACUGGGGGAUCCUGGCCAGUCCCUGUGGGGCAGGCACUGGGUCCAUCUGAGGCAGCCAGCCAACUGGUGUGGCUUGCUCUGACACCGCUUUGGGAGCCCCCAAAGAACAACUGUUUUGGGGGAACCCAGCUUUGCUGGCCCUGCUGCGAGGGGAGCCCCAGUUAGCCUGCCUGGGAAGAAUGCUACCUUGCACUGCCGGAGGCCUGAGCCCAAAGAAAUCCAUCGCUUCUCCCCCCCGCCGCAGAUGUGCUGUCCCCUGUGCCAGGCGGGGGGCCCCCGCAUCGCCUCCUCACCGCAGGGUGGAGGAAGCGGCUUUGCAAAGUGCUGCCGUGCUCUGGAUUGGGGCUGACCCUGUAGUGCUAAUUUCUCCACCUCUUUGCCCAGCCUUGCUGCCCUGGGAGGCUGCAGCUCUGGACUGCAGUAACUGCAGGGAGUUGGCAUCCUGGUGCAGGGAGGAUGGUGCUUGGGGACCCAAAGGGCCUGACAGCACCUAGGAUGGGAG